AUGCGUGGUGGAAGUCGUCCACCGAAAUGGGUGCCACGCGGUACUCCAAAAACCCGUGGAGCUCAACGGGUUGUUCAAGCAAUCUCCGUCCUUCAAUGUUGGGCUCAGAAAGCAGCGCAAGAGCAACAAAGAACAAAGCAAUUGCGUCAACAAAAUCCCAGUUAUAUGUCUAACGAUGUGGUGGUGCUAGACGACAGUAUUGACGAUUUUGAUGUUCAACCGUCUACUAGUGGAGAAAUACCACCUUCAUUGCCGAAAAUUCCCCGCCAAUUCCCCAGCACUGUCGCAAAGACUACGAAGAAAAAUAAAAGUGAGCGACCAGUAAGCGAGAUUCAACUCCAAGAAAAGAGGGCCGAUUUAAGAGCACUGAAAGAGAUACAUUUCCCGAUUGCGGAAAUCACAAGAGAAUGGGAAAGAGAAGCUGUGAAGGCGGCUGUGAGUCACAACCUCGGAAUUUCGAUACCUUACGAUACGUCGGGAGCUCAUAUUGUUGCUACUCUUUGUUACAAUUUUCUCAGAUGGUUCCCUGAAUGUUGUUGUUUAUGCACUGCUCGUAGCGCAAAUCAUUUGGAAGCUCUGCGUGAACGAUUUCAAUAUGUUGGAAUUCCGGACACGGAGCUUACUGAAAUCGAUAAUGCGACUAGCUUCAAAAAGUUGAAAACUCAUCAAAUUGGACGUCUUCUUCUUGGGAGUUCGCAGACGCUUACAAGUGUUUGCGAAACCAGCCCGGAAGUGGCUGCUUCCAAACGGCCACAAAAUACAAAAGCUUUUGGAGCUUGUGGGAGCGAUGGUGGCGGGAAAUUUAUGUCGAGCGCGCUGAGUGGACGACAAUUGAUAAUCACAAAUCUUGGUUUAUCCGGCUGGUUACAGUUUGGCCCAUCCGAUCCGACGUAUCGAACAUAUCAUGUUAGUCCACGUGUUGGUGUCGAGUAUUGGGACAAACAGGGUCCUGGUAGCGCUUCUAUGGAUAGUAGUUGGGCGGAUAUUUGGAAAGAGACCACGAGAGAUUUACUGCGAACCCUGGCUCGAGAUCUGCCCAUUUUGCCAUCAAUCGAUCCCGAUGAGUUGUUUUAUGCUGACUGGAACCUUGUACUAGACUCUGCCAAAGGUUGCCCUGCGUCAGUGUCUACAUUUGCUUUCUCAUUGUAUUUCAUUAUUCAAGCGUAUCGGCAUCUUGUAAUCAGUGGUCCAAGGGUCUUUUACUUAUACUGCCAUCAGAACUUGAACGCUUCUACAAAUGAGGCUCUACAACUUCAAACUGUUAUCGCAUCGAAUGAGGGUUUUCAUAAUGUUUAUGAAGAUAUCCGAAAUAAAUACUCGUUUGUGGCAGACAACGCAUACAAUGUCUCAUACAAAGAGGAAUCGAUGAAAUCACACCAAAAAUGGAUUCAUUUGAGAAGGACCGUGGAAGAUUUUAUUUUAACAGGACGUUCAAUCAAAGGAGUAGUCUUAUGCGAUUCGACAUGGAGUGCUCGUGUUGCAGCUGAGAGUAUAAAUGGAGUUGGCGAGGGUUCUGGGCACGAAGUGACCGUUGUCCACGCGGUGAUCGAUGAAAAUAAUGUCGAAGAUGUUGCUUUUCGACCGUUUCAUAAAACUCUUCAAGGAAUUCCGCAGUUAUUCCAACGGCCAACGUCAACGAUUGCUAUUAUUCGCACCGAUUUGCCGCUUGUGAUGAAAGUGCUUGAUCAAAUCGCGAAUUCUUUUCCACAAUUUGUCAUCAGCGUCGAUAGACAAUCACUUUCUUGGAUUCCGCUACAUACAACUGAACACAGUGCGAUGCUCUCGGAACGUUACGAAAAAUUGAGGCCCACUGACGGUCAUAUCCGACAAGAGUGGGCUCUUAACGAUACCGCGGCGAGAUACGAGGCACUUUCAAUUUGUGACGCAUUUGACUUCCAGUAUCACCCGUCUCCACUUUAUUUUGAAGUUGAAAAGAUGCAAACUCGAGAGUAUUUCCAUCGAGUCAAGGAACAAAGCGGAGUCGGAGAUUAUAAACUAAACUCAAGCGAAAAAGCUAACUACGAUAGGAUGGCUCUCGGCACUUUCCCGAAACCGAAUCGAGAGAGAGUACAUCUUGGUGAGCUGACCGAGGAUCAACUUUACUGGAACAAAUUGGAUCAUUCGGGCUACGGAAAAGUAUCGAACAGCCGAUUGUCCAUGCAAAUGUUGAAGCAAUUGACGGCAGAGAACUUCUCACUGACACCUGCCGAAUUUGAAUACGAAGAGCAUCCGGAUGUCAUCGAAAAGCAAAAACAAAUCGACUCGCUUCUUGGUCAACUUGAUGAUGCAUUUCCGAGAAUU